AUGAUCAUGGAUACUUCUACACCAUCAUCAUCUUCUUCGCCAUCAUCAUCAUCAUCAUCAUCACAAGUUACAACAAUAACAAUAUUAGAUCAUUUAUUAUCUUGCAAUUAUAAAGAAUUCAUUGAAGCUACUAUCAUAUCUUCAUCAUCUUCAUCUAGUACAACUCAAUCAUCAUCAUCAGCAUUAGGUAUUGGAGAUGGUGAAUUAUGUUUACCAUUCAUUUUAAAUCUAAUCAAUACUAGUAGAAAGAAUAAGAAGAAGAAUAAUGAAGAUGACCAAGAAGAAGAUGAUGAUGAAGAUGAAGAUGAAGAUAUUGGUAGAAUAAUGGAAUCAGUAUUGAUAUCUUCUGAUAGAAUGUCACCUCAUUUGGCAUCAUCAAUAUCAAUCAUUCAAAAAUACUAUUCACUCGAUCCUCAAUCAUUCUAUUUCUUUAUUCAAGAGGAACAAGUACAAAGAAAGAAAUUGGCUCAUAUGGAAAAAAAAGGAUCAUUUAUAGAAUCUAUAACAAUGGAUAUUGGUAGAGAAUUUGAAAUGUCUGAUGUUACUAAACGAUUAAAGUUGGUACUUAGUGAUUUGAUAGGUUUGAUGGAUUAUGCAGAGAAACAAAGAGAAAUAUUGACAAUUAAAUUAAAUCAACAAUCAUCGUCGUCAUCUGCAUCUUUAUCAGCAUCUUUAUCAAAUGAUACAGAUUAUCUUUCAUUGGUAAAUGGUUCAAAAUAUGAUUCUGAUCUAUUCCUAUUAGAUAUUUAUCAAAUUGAAUUAUGUUUUAUAUUACCAAUCAUUUGUUUUAGAUUUAAUCAAUUUAUUCCUUUAAAUAGUAUGAUAGUAUCAAUAUUAUUAUUACCACAAGCACCAUUUUUAAUUAAAGUAUUGGUAUUGAAUAAUGCAAGUGAAUAUAGAGAUAUAAUCGAUUUAAUCAUUGAUUGUAUUGAUUUGGUUGGAUAUGAAAGAACGAGAAAGGUGUUGCUAGAGUUGUGUACAUUGUCACAAUAUACAGCUACACUGAUUAGAAAGUUGCUGUUGGAAAAACAAAUAAUGCCAGACCUCAUAUUCACAAUCACUGCUACUUUUAUUCGAAAUGAUACAGUUGCAUUUUUAAGUAAUAUUAUAGUUAACCGUUCAGAAUGUUUAUGGAUAAAGGAUUAUUUGGCAAGAACUACUACUGAUAUCAGUACAAAUACUCCGCUAACUGCUUUUCAAGAAAUUCGUGAUCAAUUAUUAAAUAUUUUAAUUUCAUUAACAUUUGAUGAUCAGAAACAACAACAAUUAAAAGAAGAAAAUCAAAUUGAAAAAUCAUUAAAGAUUAAAUCAAUAGUUAGAUUGUAUUGUGGUAUGGGUGGAUUACUUGGUAUUAAAUUAAAUGUACAAGAAAUUUCAACAUGUUUAUCUUUAAUCGAUGGUAUUCAACCAGGUUCAGGUUCUGGUUCACAACCUCAUCAAACUCCUUGGUUAACAAAAGCAUUUUCUAAAAUCUAUUUAUGUUUUCUGUUGGUUUGUGAAGGAAUAUUAAGAGUUAUUCCAAAUAAAAGAAUAGCAGAAUGUUUAAAUGGAUUAUUAAAGACUGGACAUUGUGACGAUUUAUUAUUAUUGAUAUCAAUUUAUUUCCAUACAAGACAAUUACAUAAUAUUGUCUAUGUCAUUAGAAAUACACUUGGAUUUAGACCAUCGAUUCAUACUGAAAGUCUAAAUCAAAUGGGUGAAUUGAUUACAAAGGAUAUCUUUCCAGAGGCUUUGGUAGCGUUAAAGGCUUCACUUCUCCCAACUAUCGAUCAACUGUCGGCUCACUCAUCAUCGGUGACUACCAACCACAGUGUCUCUACAAUGUGUAUAUACCAUCUUCUCAGUGAAAGAAUCUUUGAAAAAUAUGAAACCGAUAUGUCUAGUUGGAUUUGGGAUCAAACUCUAAAAGCCUCCACUCCUAUCCAUUAUUUAUUACCAAGUUGUUUAGAUAAAUUAGUUAAAAAUAUUAUAGAAUCAACGAUUACAACAAAUUCACCUUUAUUCUAUAUGAAUAGAAUAAAGGAACAAUCGAUUUUAUCUGUAUUUUCAAAAACAUCAAAAUAUAAUGAAGCAGUUCAAGUACUAGUUGUCUAUUAUGUUUUGAGGUACAAUGACAGUGUAUUAAAAUUAAAAUCUGAUUAUAAUUUUAAAGGAAAAUCAAUACCAAUUGGAAUUGAAUCAUCUCAAUUGAGAGAAUAUAGUAUAGAAUUUUUAUCAAAAUUACCAAUUCAAAAAUGUUUAUCAAUUGUUCAAAAUAAUGUAGAAGAUUAUUUCUUUAUAUUGCCACCAUUUAUGUAUUUGGUCUCUUCACAAUUCCCUCAAUUCUUUAAUGUUCAUUUAUUAUUAUCAGAUGAAGAGAAAUCUUCAAAUAAAAUAUCAAGAUUUGAUUAUAAUUUACAAUAUUAUCAAGAUAAUUUAAUGUUUUUAAAUGGUAGAAAUACAAAGCAGAAAAAAUCUUCAAGGGAGAUAGAGGAAGAGGAAUUAAUGUCGGUUGUAAAAUUAAAUAAUAUGUUGUCGCCACGUUCAGUUUUGGCAUCACCCACUUCGAUUCAACUCAUUUUAAAUCAUUUGUCAAGAAUGGAUGUGGACAAGGUACAAAGAUUACUAUUACCAAUCCUCGUACACCACCGAAAACAAUUGGAAUCAUUGAUUCCAACAUUUACCAAUCUUUGGUUGACAAUAUUCCCAGUAUCAGAUCAAUCGUUGAUGGCAUUGAAAACUAUCAAUAUAUUGACAAACAAUAAUUUAAAUAUUCAUAAUGAUGAUACUGAGACCAGUGGUGAUGACGGAAUGAUGAUUGAUGAAACAACAAAUAGAAAUGGAAUUAAUUUAAUAUCAUACAAUCAAUACUCUCACAGUGAUGUAAUGUCAGAUCCCCUCAUUGUAUUUAGAUGUCAUCCAACAGUAUUUAGUAAUCCAUCGUUAUUUGGUAUUCUACUUCAAAUAUUAUAUUUCUAUAUGAUAUCUUCAAAGAAAUAUUUAUUAAAUCAAAUUCAAAUAUCUCAACCUAAAAAACAAGAAGAUAUUAAAACAUUAAUUUUAACACAAGAAAGUUCAAUCAUUCAAUUGUUAUUAGAAUUAUGUAUUGUAGAUAGAAUUGUUGGAAAGGAUAUAUUGGCAAUGGGUGAUGGUGAUGAACCUGAAGGUAAAAAGAUAGUCAACAGGGAAUAUGAUGGUGGAGAUGUUGACGAGAUUAGAUGUAUUUAUCCCAUUCCAAAGAGUUUAAGAAUUUGUAAACAAGCACUACACAGAAUAGCUACCAACGUAUCUUCUUUGCCAUCAAAUCCACUCGCCCUCCCCAUCAACGAACAAAUUCAUUUUAUCAAACAAAUUCUGCCUUCCCUCACUCGAUUCUCAAAGGCAUUCCCCAUUCUAUCAGAGGAAUGUUUAAAUAUUUUAAUUGAAUUAUUACCAAGUAAAUUAAAUCUCAAUGGCAAUCAAUCAUCACCAACUUCAAAUUCACCAACAACCACUUCUAUGAUAAAUCAAUCAAUAUUUUCACCUGAAAUCUUUAAUCAAAAUAAUCAAAAUAAUAACAAUGGUAAUUUUAAUGGUAAUAAUAAUAAUAUGUUAUUGGAUGAAGAUUUACAUGGAAAUAAUAUAAAAAGAUCAACAACUCCACCAGACUCUUUAUUAUCAUUAUUCUCUCCAUUGCCACCAUCCGAUACAUUAAAAACUUUAAAGAGAGAAAAACUAGACCAAAUUCAAAAUAAUAAUAAUAAUAAUAGUCAGAAUUCAUUUGGUGAAUCAAAUUUAAAUUCAAAAUCAGUUGACGAGAAUGAUGAUUGGAGACAAUGUAUUGACUAUAAAAAGAAUUUUGGUAGAUCCGCAAAUGAAACUUCCAAUAGCAAUGAUAAUAGCAUAAAUGAUCCAACCACAUUACCAGAAUCCAUCAUUGAAAUCAUUCACCAAACCAUCCAAAUAAUAAUACAAAAUCUUACGACAUCUUAA